GAGAGAGAGAGAGAGAGAGAGAGAGUGUGUGGGUGCGUGAAAACAAUUACCUGUGCAGCUGUGCAUUUUGCUCCCUCUCGGGCAAGCGAACUUGAACCGUAAGUCACGUCGAUCAGUUUUAUCAGUUCCGCCCCCGAUUUUCCCGUAAAGUCUGCCACAAAUUCCCCCCUCUGCUCGACCUUCAAAUUCGCUUCAAUCGGACUCGUUGAUUGGUCAGCAGUACCACUAUUCCUCAUUCCACUCCAAGCAUCAGUAAAGAUUUCACUCGUGUAUCUUCUCAUGGUUUUAAAAUUCCCAUUCGAAAUUCGGUUACUUGAAACUCGAUUCAGCUAGAUGAAUUUUCUCUCAUGUGUUUGAUCAGAGGUCAACCAGAGCUUGCGAAAUUUACUGAAAUGUGUCGCUAGAAAUUAUGCGUCCUAUCGUGUAGAGAAUCUUAGAAAAUAUGGACACAGCCUGUAGUUUUUGGCAGCCAAGAGUCUUUCAUGGCAUUGAAGCUACAGGUUGCUGGAGUUUCGAUCGUCGCAAUUUGCGUUCGAAGUGUAGAUGCAGAACUGUUGGUUGUAGUUUUCCUAGCAAACCUAGACAAACCUCAAAACCCUACCGAAAAACAAGGUUGAAGCAAAUAAUUGUGUCGAGCACUAGUAGUGUGAAUUCAGGUGUACUUGCUAAAGGAGAAUGUAAUAGCCAUUUGUGGGGUUAUAAUUCACGUGGACCUUUGAUUUGUGAUUCUAUUAGUGUUGUUAAGACCUCAAGAGGAGUAGUUUGGUUGCGGUGCCAGGGAAGUGAUUCGGUUGCUUAUAUUGAUGGAAAUGGUCGGGAUGUAGAAUUUGUUGAAAGUCAAAAUGGAAAGGGUUCAAGAGUAGAGGCUAAUGUGAGUCCGGAGAUGAAUGGGUCUGGGGUAUUGGGGAAAGAAGAAGACAAGGUGGGGCCUACAUUGGAUGAAUUGAAGGAGAUGUUGCAGAUGGCGCUUAAGGAACUGGAGGUUUCGCGGCUAAACAGCACCAUGUUCGAAGAAAAGGCUCAGAGAAUAUCAGAAGCUGCAAUAUCAUUGAAGGAUGAAGCAGCAAAUGUUCAGGAUAAUGUUGAUUCUACGCUCAAUGCUAUUCAAGAUGUUGUAAAUGAAGAAACUGCUGCUAAAGAAGCUGUUCAGAAAGCGACGAUGGCGCUUUCGUUGGCGGAGGCAAGGCUUCAGGUGGCAGUGGCUUCUUUAGAAGCUGUGAAAGGAAGAAAUGGAUAUCAGGAAGCUCUUAGAAAGAGUGAUUCAGAAUAUAAAAGUGUUGGGGAAGAAUCAAAUUUCCCAGGUAAAGAAGAGGAAGUGUUCUCGGUUGCUCAGAGUGACGUUAGAGAUUGUCAAGCUACUUUGGAAAAUCGUGAGGAGGAGCUGAGACGGCUGCAAAGCAGAAAAGAGGAGUUGCAGAAGGAAGUGGACAGGUUAAGCGAAUUUGCGGAGAAGAUACAAAGGAAUGCUUUAAAAGCUGAGGAGGAUGUUGCAAACGUAAUGCUUUUAGCAGAGCAAGCUGUUGCUUUUGAACUUGAGGCUGCACAGCGUGUGAAUGAUGCAGAGAUUGCAUUACAAAGAGCAGAAAAAGCUCUCUCUGUUUUGCAUGUUGAGGACAUGGAAACUAUGGUACUGCAAAAUGGGUCUUCAUCCCAAGGGCAGGCUUUGAGUGAGGAGGAAUUGAUUGAGGGUAAGGUGAGUCAGGGAGAAUCAGAUGAUAUUGUCGUUCAAAUGGAAACAGAUGUGAUGACUGAGGGAGCUCAUUUGAAUAUUGAGCCUUUGCCUAAUAGCCAGUUUGACGGACCGGGCCAGAGUUUUGAAGAGCCAGGUUUAUCUUCUGCUAGUGAGCAAGAGAAUGGAAGAGUAAGUGCUGAAUCACCACGAGAUACUGAAAUAGAUUUAGACAAGUCAAAGAAUGUGACACAAACAAGAAGGCAGGAAUUACAGAAGGAUUUAACGAAGCACAUUUCACCGUUUAACGCUCCAAAAGCUUUGCUGAAGAAAUCUUCUCGUUUCUUCUCUGCAUCAUUUUUCUCUUCAGAGGGGUCUGAGUUCGCACCAUCAUCAUUUUUCCGUGAUCUUAUGGAGUCUGCAAGGAAGCAAUUGCCUAAGCUGGUCAUUGGGUCGUUGCUUGUUGGAGCUGGGAUGGCCUUUUAUGUUGAUCGAGGAGAGAGGAUUAGCCAGCUAUUCCUACAAGCAGACAUCAUUACCACUAGUAUUGACGAAGUCUCAUCAAAUGCACAGCCUCUAGUUCGUCAAAUACGCAAAUUGCCUAACAGAGCUAGGAAGCUAAUGGAGAUGGUUCCUCAUCAAGAGGUGAAUGCGGAGGAAGCUUCUCUAUUUGACAUGUUAUGGUUGCUGCUUGCAAGUGUCAUAUUUGUCCCUAUAUUUCAGAAGAUUCCUGGAGGCAGUCCUGUUCUAGGAUAUUUGGCUGCGGGCAUCUUAAUUGGGCCGUAUGGUCUCUCUAUUAUUCGUCAUGUACACGGGACAAAGGCGAUAGCUGAAUUUGGAGUUGUUUUCUUGCUGUUUAAUAUUGGCCUGGAGCUUUCCGUUGAAAGACUGAGUUCAAUGAAGAAAUAUGUUUUCGGAUUGGGCUCUGCUCAGGUCUCGGUGACAGCGGUGGGGGUUGGCUUAGUUGCUCACUUUAUUGCUGGGCAACCUGGUCCUGCUGCAAUUGUCAUCGGCAAUGGUCUGGCAUUAUCUUCCACGGCUGUUGUCCUUCAGGUAUUGCAGGAACGAGGAGAGAGUACGUCACGCCAUGGACGAGCAACAUUUUCUGUUUUGCUUUUCCAGGAUUUGGCUGUUGUGGUUUUGCUGAUACUCAUACCUCUUAUUUCGCCAAAUUCAUCUAAAGGAGGGGUGGGUUUCCAAGCAAUUGCUGAAGCUCUGGGAUUGGCUGCUGUGAAGGCUAUUGUAGCAAUUACUGCCAUAAUUGCUGGAGGACGUUUGCUGCUUCGGCCAAUUUAUAAACAAAUUGCGGAGAAUCAAAACGCCGAGAUAUUCUCUGCAAAUACACUCUUUGUCGUUCUGGGGACUAGUCUCCUUACAGCUAGGGCUGGUCUUUCCAUGGCAUUGGGAGCAUUUUUGGCUGGUUUGCUACUUGCGGAAACGGAAUUCUCUUUACAGGUUGAAUCAGAUAUUGCUCCUUAUCGUGGCCUUCUACUGGGUCUGUUCUUCAUGACGGUUGGAAUGUCCAUUGAUCCCAAACUUUUCGUUUCGAACUUCCAAGUUGUUAUGGGGACGUUAGGUCUUCUAAUUGGUGGCAAGACUUUAUUGGUUGCUGCAGUUGGUAAACUUUUUGGUAUUUCAAUCAUAUCUGCAAUAAGAGUUGGCCUUCUGCUUGCUCCGGGAGGAGAAUUCGCAUUUGUGGCUUUUGGUGAAGCUGUUAAUCAGGGUAUCAUGUCUUCUCAGAUGUCAUCUUUGCUUUAUCUUGUGGUGGGGAUUUCAAUGGCCCUCACCCCUUGGUUAGCUGCUGGAGGCCAGUUAAUAGCCUCUCGUUUUGAGCUGCAUGAUGUGCGGAGUUUAUUACCUGUAGAGAGUGAGACAGAUGAUUUGCAGGAUCAUAUCAUUAUUUGCGGGUUUGGACGUGUUGGCCAGAUCAUUGCACAGCUUCUUUCAGAACGACUUAUUCCGUUUGUCGCUCUUGAUGUCAGAAGUGAACGAGUAGCGGUUGGCCGUGCGCUUGAUCUUCCUGUGUAUUUUGGAGAUGCUGGUAGUCGAGAGGUGCUUCACAAAGUUGGUGCUGGAAGAGCAUGUGCAGCAGCCAUAACUUUAGAUUCCCCUGGUGCAAACUAUAGAACUGUUUGGGCUUUGAGCAAACAUUUCCCAAAUGUUAAGACAUUUGUCCGUGCUCAUGAUGUUGAUCAUGGCCUCAAUUUGGAAAAGGCCGGAGCAACAGCGGUUGUCCCUGAGACCUUGGAACCGAGUCUCCAGCUAGCGGCUGCUGUUCUUGCACAGACUAAACUUCCAAUGUCAGAAAUAGCUGCAACUAUCAAUGAGUUUAGGUCUCGCCAUCUUUCUGAGCUCACUGAGCUCUGUGAAUCAAAAGGAAGUUCUCUCGGUUAUGGAUAUUCUCGGAUCAUGACUAAACCCAAAUCCCAACCCUCCGAUUCUUCAGAUGAUGUAACUGAAGGAACACUAGCAAUAUAACUCGUCAUCUGGAAUAAAGAAAGACAGGAAAUUGAAACAACUGUAUAGCAGUUUACUUCCAUAUGUAUAUGAUGUACAGAAAAUAUAGCUGAAGUAGAGGGGAAGUGGGGUACAAUGAUCAGUUACUCCCAACCUUUCAUUUGAUAAAUUUUGAUUGGGGUUUCCUCCCUAAAAUUGCGUAGAAAAACCUUUUGCCUCGCUAAUUAAUGCAUUCCAGAAUUUGUGCAA